AUGGUUAAGGACCGCAAGCUUUGGCACCAAAUUCAGGCGCAGUACACGAAGUUGCGGGAGGAUGAGGUGGGUGCGGAGCUCUUUCCAUCUCCCACGUCCACGACCUCCGCGAGCCCCUCCGCGAGCACCGCAGCACCCAGUGUAGGCGAAGUGGGGGAGUCGACUGUUCCAGAGGACCUGAAGCAAGCCUCGCGAUUCUACAAAGACGGCUUGCAACGAAGGCACUGGGUGCUGGCCUGCUGCUCGAUGAUGGUGAUGUGCGAGUGGCUGGACCGCACCGUGCUCUCCAUUGCCAUGGAGUCGAUGAAGGCAGACUUCAAUUUGACGGACAGUCAGGUGGGGCUCCUCGCCUCGGCAUCGCUCUGGAUUGUGCCCUUGGCCACGGGCCCUGUGGGUCGGCUCGCGGACCACGUGCCCAGAGCCCGCCUGAUCGGCGCAGGGGUCUUCGGCUGGGCGGCGGCCACCUUCGCCACUGGCAGCUCCCCGUCCUUUGAGGUGACUCUGCUCUGUCGGCUGCUGGCAGGGGUGGCCAACUGUGCUGGCUUCCCGGUGACUUUGGCCCUGCUUUCUGACUACUUUGCGGCCGAAGAGAUGGCCACGGCCAUGGGCUACUACCACGCGGGGAGUGCGCUGGGCGGGCUCGUGGGCUUCGCGGCCGGGGGCGCCCUGGUCACGUCCCGUGGCUGGAGAUGGGCCUUCUGGGUCGUGGCCUCCCCGCAGGUCAUCGUUGCGCUCUUCUUCUGUUUCACGGUGCCGCGGACUGCAGAAGAGGGGCCUCCCAAGGAGGGUGUCCUUUCUGACAUCCGCGAGCUGCUGUCCUUGAGGGCCCUGAGGCUGCUGAUGCUCGGCGCGCUGGCAACUGGGAUGCUGUCCGGCCAAGGCCGCUUCCUAUCCGCCUUCGCAGAGCGACGCCACAACGUGGAGGCAGCAGGGGUCGGCCUCGUCAUGGGCCCCGUGUUGGGCAUCACAGGGGUCAUGAGCAGCUUCAUCGUCGGCCACCUGAUCGAUCGCGUCUUCCGGCGCAGCGGUGACCUUCGGGUCAACCUUUGGUUUGCAUCCUUCGGCGACGCGGUCGGAAUCAUGUGCGGUGUUGCAGCCAUCGCGGCGCCAUCCUUCGCCUUGCUGAUCUUGUUCACUGCGUUUGGUGUGGUGGUUGGGUGCUUUAGACAAGGAGUUCAGACAGUUGUACAGAGGUUGGGCGUCGGCCGGCGUGGGACUGUGCAAGGCAUGCUUGAGAUGUGCUGGUCGGUUGGAAUGGGCAUCGGGCCCUUCGUGGCUGGUGCUGUCAGCGAUUACAACUUGGCCCCGAACUGCGAUGACUCUUGCGCCCUUGCGUGGUCGCUGGCUUUGUUUGGUAGCGGCAGUCUGCUUGUGCGAGCAGCGUGCAACUUUGCAGCGUCGCUGUCUCUAUCCGACAUAGGACCACCGUCCUCUCAUGGGCAGGUCAAUUCUGCAACAGCCGCUUCGCCACAAGUGCUUGGCAAGAGCAGUCCUUGA